AUGUCAAUGAAAGCAUCACCAGAAGUUUCUGAACAAUUGGAAGAAUAUUUAAAAUCAAAGAGUAUAAAAAGCUUUGACUACUCGCAAUUUAAAGAUGUCAAACGUAUUGGCGAGGGUGGUUAUGCUGUCGUUUUUUCGGCAACUUUUAAUGAACAGAUUUAUGCAUUAAAAAGUUUCAAUAAAAAUUUGAAACUUGAGGAUAAAGAGUUAGGACAAUUUAAACGCGAGGUUAAGUGCCUUUAUAAGAUCGAACAUCACCAAAAUAUCAUCAAAUUUCAUGGAUUCUCAAGAGCUGAACUUGAUAAAUUAUCAACGGAAACUACAGUAGAGUUUAUUACAAAUCCCAUUAAUAGUGGCAAUGCUUCAACAGACUUGGAUUCUUCCGCUGAAAGCAGCAAUAAGACUGAUCUUUCGAAGAAAAUUUCGACAAUAACAAUUCCGAAGAAGAGUAAAACUUUGGAUACUGAUAUAGAUAUUUCAAGCAAUGACCAUGCUCAAAGUGUAAAUAGCUUUUUUGAAAACAAUAUUCAGCAAGAAGAAUUUACAGAACGAGAUUUGCAAAAUGUCGAUGACCAGAUUCGACAAACUUCUGAAAUUGAUUGGUCGGAUUUGAUCGAUAUGUGCGAAUAUGGGUUUAUUGUUGAGAAAGGUACCAUUAAAAAGGCCCCGAAUAAACCAUUUAAAAUUAAAUUAGUGGACAAUAGAAAAUUUAGGUUGUUAAAUAAUCAUUCUGAGAUGAAAACACAUCAUGAUUCAUCUGAAUACUCAUCUAUAAUUAUAAAAAAAGCCGUACUCUCAAUUUCAAAGCCAGACAUUCAUUUAACUGAGAAUUUUAUACAGGAUAUUACAAAUAUAUUAAGCAAUAAUAACAUGAAUGAUAAGACCGUACAGUUUCGUGAAUUAUCAAAAAAGUAUGGCAAUUUUUAUGCAAGUCGUUUCUCUUUUGGUGGUGCUAUUAUGACAAAAAAUUUAAAGGCUAAACCAAAGGUUGCCGGAUUUAAAGGAAAGAUUGAGAUACCAUUCAUCAAACUAACUGUUAAUGAAUUAAGCUUUCCAAAUAAUACUGAAGAUGAAUUUGCAAGUGAAUCAUACCUUGUUGGUGGAAGAGGAACGAAUUCUGAUCAAAAUAAUUGGGCUGAAUCACUCGAAGAUUUUAAAACAUGGCAAUUAAUUGAACAUCAUGAUGUUUAUCCAUUAUUUAAUUUAUUGGGAAAAGAUUUACAAGAAAAACUUUUAGAAAUAUUGGGGAAAAGAAUAUUAAAAGCAAACGUGAAAGAACUUUCAUUUAGUUUAGACAAGGAUCAAAAAACACCAUAUAUAUAUGAUCUCAGUGAGCAAUUAAGAGACAUUCCUAAUAUUAAGGAUUGUCAAAUAUUCACCUCGAUAAUGAACGAAAAAGAUAAAUAUAUAUUUUCAUCGCGUAUAGAUUACGAUGACGAUAAUCCUAUUAUUGUCAUUCAUCGCAUUGCAAGCAAAAAAGCUCCAAAUGAUCGGGAAUCUUAUUCAAUUCAAUUAGGCUGGAUUGUAAUUGGAUACCCAGCAAAUUUUGAUGUGUAUUUUGAUUUUCAAAAACUUCCGCAUCAAUAUGCACGAAAUAAAUACAUAUUUGGAACAUGCAGCCUAGAAGUGCCAAAAAAUUCUUACAGUUCUCACGAAACAACACUCGUAACUGGCGUAUAUUUUGUACCACAAAAAAGAAUGGGAUGUUUAUUUAUUUACGAUAUUGAUAAUAAUAGCGAUAUGAAUCUAUUGAUCGAUGACCUAUUUUUACAAAGAUUGAUGUUAAAUGUCUGCAUAAUUGACUGUGAACCCGCUUGUUCUCAAAAAUGUUAUGGCAAAAUUGAUGUCAAUUUGAAUAAG